AUGUAACAGGAGGAGAGAAGAAUUACCAAGGAAUACUUGAAAAAGCUUUUAAGAAAAGAAUUCAAACUCUAUUACACCACUCCAGAGCUAAAUGAUUGUCUUUACUUGCAUUACAAAGGCUUUGAAAAGAUUGAGAAUCUUGAAGAGUUCACAGGAUUAAAAGUCAUUUACUUGGAGGGAAAUGGUCUCCAAAACAUUGAAGGUAUGUUGAUUAAAUUAUCGUAGGACUGGAUAGUUUGACUUCUCUGAAAUGCUUAUAUUUAUAGGAGAACAUUAUUAGAAAAAUGGAAAACUUGCACAUGCUAACAGAGUUAAUUAAUCUAAAUCUCAGUGACAAUAUGAUAAGCAAGAUUGAGGGGUAUGAAUAGCAGUUUUAUAUUUUUUAUAGGUUGGAAUAAUGCUAAAAAUUGCAGACUCUUCAAAUAAAAAGAAAUAGGAUUGGGUUGAAUGGACUUAGUGAUUUGGAAGGAUUACUUUGCUUACCGAAUUUAUCAGUGUUGGAUGUAUCAGAUAAUAAAAUAGAUGACCCAAAUGUUUUAGACGAAAUAUUUUUAAAAAUACCUCAAUUAGCAGUCCUGUAUUUCUAGAACAAUACAGCCGGAAAGUAAAUCCAACAUUAUCGAAAAACCCUCAUCAGUAGAAUUAAGACCUUAAAGUAUUUGGAUGACAGGCCUGUCUUUGAUGAUGAAAGAAGUAAGAUCUACAGUAAUAACAAAUUUAGGAUUUGCUGAGGCCUUUGCAAAAGGAGGCCUAGAUAUGGAGAGAGAGGAAAGACAGAAGUAUAAGAAGGAGCAAGAGGAAGAACAUAUGAGACAACAUCAAAAUUUUAAAGACAUGAUUCGUAGAUAUAGAGAAGAAUAAUAAUAAUAGCAAGAAUAAUAACAACAAUAACAAUAAGAAGAAUAAUAAUAAGUAGAUAAUGGAUCAGAUAACGAAGAACCUUCACAUCUAUCAACUUAUAAUACUUAAUCAAAUGCUAGUGAUGUUAGAUCAUCUGCUCAAUAAUCCGCUUAACAUUCAGAACACUAAUCAGAGAAACACUCUGAUAAGCAAUCAGAUAAUCAAUCUGAAAAUACUUCAAGAAUUGCUGAUGGACAAAGUGAACACAGAAGUAUAGAUGGAGAUUAAAAGAGUGUAGAUGGAGCUAGUGAACAUGGAAGUGAAUAAGUGGAGAUUAAUACAAUAGGAAAUUUUGGAUAAUCAACUCAACUUGAUGAAAUCGAUUGAUAUAUAUAUGUAAAUAAAUAUAAAUGGU